GCCGCAUCCACCAGGCUCGCGAUCCUCGGUCCUGCUUCGACGCGCUUCCGUUCUUUCCUGACUGGCCUAUUCGCGUGUCUCGAGCACGAGCCGCACUUUUAUCCAGCGGCCUGAGCACGGCCAUUUCUACGUUCUGCAACCCAUCAGUACAGCGGCAACACGCUCUUUUGGAUCUUGACGCGUGCGUUGAACUUUCCUGUAUGUCAGUUGAGGAAGUCCAGUUGCCUUCGGGCAUCGACUCAAAGUACAUUGGCCUUGGUCUCGCCAUUUCUUCCUCCCUAGCCAUCGGCACCUCCUUCAUCAUUACAAAGAAGGGCCUGAUCGAUGCACAACGGAGACAGGGUUUUGACUCGGAAGACUCUUUUGGAUACCUCCAAAAUCCAAUCUGGUGGGCCGGCAUGGUCACCAUGAUUGUGGGCGAAGUGGCCAACUUUGCAGCUUAUACCUUUGCACCAGCGAUCCUGGUCACGCCUCUCGGUGCUCUCAGUGUCCUAAUUGGUGCUGUGCUCGCAAGCAUCUUCCUCAAGGAGCAACUCGGCGUCCUUGGGAAGCUCGGCUGUGCGUUGUGUCUCCUUGGCAGUGUCAUUAUCGUUCUUCACGCACCAGCAGACAAGGAAGUGGAAACGGUCGAUGAGAUUCUUGACUACGCCAUGCAGCCUGGCUUUCUGUUCUAUUGCAUUCUUGUCUCUGUCUUUGCCGUUGUCAUGAUUUACAGAGUUGCACCACGUCUUGGCAAGACCAACCCGCUCAUCUACAUCUCCAUCUGCUCGACAGUCGGCUCAGUCUCCGUGAUGAGUAUCAAGGGUUUUGGUAUCGCCCUUAAACUCACGUUCGCUGGCAACAAUCAGCUCACACACCCCUCAACUUGGGUCUUUGCCAUUGUCGUAAUUGUCUGCAUCUUGACACAAAUGAACUACUUCAACAAGGCGCUGGAUCAAUUCGAUACGUCCAUCGUCAACCCACUCUACUAUGUCACUUUUACAACCUUCACUCUGAUUGCGAGUUUCAUUCUGUUCCGUGGCUUCAACACAUCAGAUGCCGUCAAUACCAUUUCAUUGCUUGCUGGGUUCAUGGUCAUUUUCAGUGGUGUCUACCUGCUCAAUGCAUCUCGUCUUGACCCAGACCUCGCUUGUGGCGGCAAACACAAUGGCGCCAUGGACGGCAUUCCUAUGGACAAUGGUAUUGCCAGCCUUCAGACGCGUCGCUCGAUUCAAUUGCAACGUUCGUCUUUCUCUCAUGCUGAUGGUGCAGCAGGCGAACACAUGCUUUCCACGUUCAGUGAACAAGGUCGGGCUUCACAAACACUCGAUGAUGAUGAACAAUCACUCGGUCUCAGUGACUUGACGGAGAGUGACGAAGAAGCUCCUCUGAGCGCACACGACACAAAAGCACCUGGGAAUAAACGGCAUGCUCGAGCAGCCAGUGGUUCUGGACAUCACAAGAAGAGUGGUAGUUUCUCGUCUCGGCGGAUAUCCGAUCGUCGUCUGUAAAUAAGCCAUGUCGAGCCAAGCUAUGGCUCAAAGUCGAGGAGAGUGGUCCUUCUCUUGCAUCAUCCUGUUUGUUUCCGUAUAGCCGUGUCACUUCUUGUAGCUGUUCUGUAAAUACCAUUUCUAUUCGGAAGAUGAAGCUUGAUAUAGAUGAACUAAAUUCGCAUCUCGUAUAAAUGAACCUUGAAUGAUUGUAAAUGUAAAAUAGAUGCAAACGCCGAGACCAGGGCAAGAAUAGGAAGGAAAGGGUCCACUCAUACUAAAUUCAGACGGGGUGCACAGCACAGCUUACAAGAACCCACUCUCUUGCAACAGCCUGGCAAUCUUCUCAUCCUCACGCUCCCUAGGCUCCCGCUCCAAACUCAAAUCCCACAUGUCUGAAAUUUCGCGCGUCAAAUCCAAGCAAGACGUAAUGUACUUUUGGAUGUCCGGCAAUGGUUG